AUGAAAAGUAUAGAGUAAUUGUUUCCACAAUUUCAAGUAGUCAAUAUUGUGAGAUAAAACACUUACAAGAAAUCAGUGAUUGUAAAACGGAAUGGAUAUCAAUAUAUGCUCAGAAUAUUUAGUCUUGAAGGAAUUCCAAAAGAAAAAGUUUAAUCAAUCAUCAAAAUCUUAAACAAAUUAUCUAAUUACAAGAACCCUCACAUUGUGAAAUUUUAUGAAGCAUCAUUUGAUCAUGAUAUGACAUACUUAGGGUAAAGAUAAAAAUUUUAAAGAUUAGCAUAGUCAGUGAAUACUUAGAUAAAUAAUACACAUAUCCUUUGAAAGAAUCUGAUAUUUGGAACAUCAUUUAAGAGGUAUCCAACCUUAAAUAUGUAGUUAUCUAUUGCUUUACAAUAAUUUCAUCCUAAAAGGGUACAUGCAAAAUUAUAAUUGUCAAACUUAUUUUUAAGUAAAGGAAGGACCAUUUUGGGUGAGAUGAAUAUUCUAUAUUAUUUACAUAAAUAAAGCUAUCAAGAUAUCUAUUUAUUAGCACCUGAAUUCAUCAAGUCUCAAAUUUAUGAUUAUAAAUCAGAUAUUUGGAUGGUUGGGUAUAUGUUAUAUUAAAUGAUGUUCAAAGAUCCUCCAAUCAUUGCAAAUAAUGUUGAUAUUUUACAUAAAAAGAUUCUUAAGGGCAUUCAAUUAACAUAUAAUCCAAAUUAUAGUCUUAAUUUAAAUAAUUUAUUAAGAUUGAUGAUGUGUUAUGAUCCUGAACUUAGACCUAAUGUUGAAUAAAUAUAAUACUUUUGUCAAUAAUCUUAAAUUUCUAAUGAAGAAAUAAAUAUUAAUAAAAUAUUACCUAAAUUCAAAGUUGAUAAAGUUGAAUUACAUAAAAAGAGAACAGAAAAGAAACAAGAGCCUAUUCAAAAUAUUAUUUACUUAAAUGAAGAUCAAUUCAAAUAACCUUAUUUCCCUCCCUCUAAAAUUAUUAAACAAAAACGACUCCUAUUAUCAAAAUAAACUUUCUCAGUCUUAGAUAUUGGUACAUCUUAAAAAAUAACUUAUUCUGUUUAGUUACCAAAAGUUCUAAAUUAUAAAUUUAGUAAAUUGAAAGUUAAAGAAGCUAGCACAGCUCCAGGUUCGAUUGGAAACACUGAACAAUUAGAAAAGUAAGUUUUUCUUUUAUUUCAGGUUGUAGAACAAAUCUCAAAUUAAUAAAUUAGAAUUUGAUAAUCUUUUUCCAUAAAACAAAUAAACGUUAUAAACUUAGAGAAAAUCUCCUAAUAGAAUUUAAUUACAAUAAGAAUUUUAUAAUAAAUAAAAGAGUUAAAGAUUAUUUUAUUGA